GCAGUGGACGCCCCGCGCCCGGGUACUUAGCAGCAUCAUAUGCCAGUAUUUUUGUCGUCAUGGACGGAGAAUCCCAAGGCCUGCCGCGAUGCGGAGUCGGCCUGCAGCGACUGGGCUGAGAAGGGCGAGUGCAAUAAGAACCCUGGCUUCAUGGCAAAGAGCUGCCGGCUGUCGUGCAGGCUGUGCACGGCGCCGGAGGUAAAGGCGUCCGAUUAUGCCGCCAUGCAGCUGGUGCUGAACACCUCGCUGGGGCAGAUCCGCAUCAAGCCGCUGUUCGAGCGGGCGCCCGCCACCGCGGCCCUGGUGCUGGAGGCGGCGGUCAACGGGCCCGCCUGCCGCGGCUGUGUGUUCUAUCGCAAUGAGGCGGUGCCGCCGGAGGGCUCCUCGGGACCGCCGUACGGGCUGCUGCAGGGCAGCCUGGCGGGUUUGCUCAAGGUGCCGGAGCACGAGGGCGGGCCAGUGUUCAUGAGGCGCGGACACGUUGCCAUGAUCCCAUCCACACGAGAGUUCUUCAUCAACGUGAUGGAUCAUGAAAGCUGGGGCGGGUCAAUGACGGUGUGGGGCGAUGUGGCGGACGCGGCGUCCAUGGCGGUGGUGGAGGCUGCGCUGCUGCUGCCGUACCACGAUGUGAAGCACCCCACCUUCGGCACAGUCAUGCGCAUGCUAGACAAGCAGGUGCCGUUUUCGCCGAUAGCGGUGCCAGCCGACGGCGGCAGUAGCAGUAGUAGCACCGGCAGUAGCAGUAACAUUAGUAGCGGCGAGGAGGAGGAGGAAGGCAAUGCGACUUGGACGUCCCUAGAUGCGGCCUCGCAGAAGCGGAGAUCUAGGCGGGCGUUGGACUUGAGCGAAUGAGGCGCAGGGGGCACGAGAUGUUUCAUGGGAUUGGUUGCUUACAAGAGGCAUCCAGCCGGAUGAUAGACAGACAGCCGAGACUUAUUCGAUUUGCGGUUCCUGUGCGGCUGUGCUUGCGAAUGACAGUCUCGUGCCAAUACGCACACCUGCUCUCCGGGUUUAACGGUAAUGCAUAAUGCAGCCGUCCACAGUUUACGACAUGUCUACCGAGUCGCUAGUCUUGGCCUUCAUAGCAACGUUGCA